AUGUCCCGUUCCGAUGCCUCCAUGGGCGGUUUGCGUGCCGCGAAUAGCUCCACUUCAUCCGCCCUAAGCCUCCGCACACGUUCCGCAUCCACACACGUCUCGCCGACUGCGAUCAACUACCGUCCGAACGUACCACCGAGGAACGAGGAGCUUUAUAAUGCGCUUUCAGGGCUGAGUAAUGCGGCAGAGCAAUAUGUCAACCUGAGUCGGCUGCAGUUGGCGCUCAGAGGGCUAGCGGUAGAGAAUGCGGUGACCAGGGUCGCUGUGCUAGGGUUGAACAGCCAGGUUGGCGCUCAGCGACUAGCGAGAUUGUUGGUUGUGGAUCCGUUGGCGGAGAAGGCUGAGUGGGAGAAGAGGCUAGAGAAGAGUCCAGAGGAAGGAGCUGUACUGCUACGUUUCGGCGACGAAAACGAUGCACAUGCGCCGAGUCCUUUGUACAAGAUCCUCUCCGUGCCAUCGCGAGUUCUAGAGACGCAUAAUCUGGAGAUAUUGGUGUCGACAUUGAACAUCAAUGCUCCCAGCUCAGCCUCUGCGCAGACGACAGAACGCUCAAAGGACGCAGUGCUGGUGCCGAAAUUGCAGGCUACUUCUGCAAGGGGUACGCCUGUGCCGUACCCAGUACACAAGACGCUCGUCCUGGGCGAGGACUUAGACAGUGCGUUAGCAUUUGGACAGUUCACGUCGGAUAACGCAGAAAAGACGGAGAACAUGGUCAAGUUGGCUAUCGAGCUUCCUGCGCCUUCAAACGCUUCAGAUGGCGCAGAUAUUUCCAAGUCUACGGUAGCCAUCAAUAGCGCAGUCGGUGCCCAAGGCUUAGACGCCAUUCGCAUCUCCGUAGCCAACGCUGUCACCUACGAACGGAGCUGGUUCGCCAGCGGUGUCCCCACCGUCUCCAAAUGGAUAACCUCCGAACUUGGAUCCGAACCUUCCAUUAAACCCAUUCAAACGGCGCUCAUCUCCUCCCUGCUCGAUGACGCAGAAGCUACAAUCACAAAAGAAGAUGCUCAACAGCUCCAAGUGCUCAUUUCAACCACCACGCCGGAGCAACUCGGUGCAGAAAUGAUUGGAUAUCUGGAGCAGUGGGCAGAAAAAUCACACCGCGAGUUGAGGGAUGACCUCGACGAAGCUUUCGCGGCGAAGAACUGGCGUAAGCUCGCGUGGUGGAAACUCUUCUGGAGGGUCGACGACGUGGGCAUGAUCACAGAGGAGGUUAUCGCUCGAAGAUGGCUCGUCAGCGCGGAGAAAGACGCCGUCUAUCUCGCGGGCAGGAUGAAACAGGCGGGCUUUCCGGACGAGGUGCGGUCUUCGCCCGGUUACGGCGAGGCUGACGCAUACUUCAAGACUCCAGCAGAUGCAUUAGGUCACGAAGUUUCAAUUGCAGAGAACCAAGAAACAGCACUUUCCACCGCGGUCAACCCUCCCACGCCGUGGCCCGCUCUACUUUCAUCAGCCCGGACCACUCUUCUCGCGACCACACUCCCUCCUCUCCAAGCCCUCGCGCAACGCCUCAUACUGACCACACUUUCCACCACAUCUCUUUCCGCAGCCUUGUCAGUCCUCUUGUACGCUUCCGUGUCUACGGUCAGCCUUUUCGAAGCGAGUGCCGUGGCCGCCCUCGGCUUGACGUUCUCACUGAGACGCAUGCAGAAAGUGUGGGAAAAUGGGAGAGAGGCCUGGAAGGUCGAAGUGAAGGAAGAAGGGCGGCAGGCGCUAAAGAGGACGGAGGGUUUGGUCAGGAGCAUCAUCAACGCUGGCGGGCCUGGUGCGGCCGUCGAGAACGAAGGAUUGGAAGAAAGGAAAAGGGCUAGAGAGGCGGUUGCGAAGGUUAGGGAAGCUCUGCGGAAGUUGAGCAAGGAGUAG